GCUAACGAGCUAGCUAUCUUUGAAGCCAGAACAAAAUGGCGUCUCCUUUGGAGUUGCUGGAUGGGAAAAGGCAAAGGGAAGAGCCGCUUCUUAGCAAAAUAUGGGCUCCUUUGACAUACGGAGGCAUAGCGUUCGCUGGUGUGUGUUUCGCGAAUGCUGCUAACCGUCGUCCCUUGCUAAGCGGCAUACAGAGGCAUGCACUAUUUACCCUAGGUGCUGUUGCUCUUGGUAACUUCGUUGAGAAGUACAGGGCUGAUUAUCUGGCUGAAAAGGAUGCUGUUUUAAGACACUAUGUAGAGUUGCAUCCUGAAGAUUUCCCAACUCCAGAACGAAAGAAAUUUGCGGAGGUUUUCAACCGGUGGAACCCUGUUCGCUGAUACUUUGUUCACAUCCAUGUGAAAUUGAGUUACGUUGUAAGAAUAGUAGUAUGUUGUAUUAUAUACACACCUAUGGUUAAUCAUCGAGAAAUGUACAUAUAAAUAAAAAUUUGUUGUUCUUAA